UUUGUUUGAAUACUUUAAGCCACGUUAUUGGUGGAUUCUGAGACCUUUCAAUUCCAAACGGUUGAAGCCUAGAAAAAGCUGGUGAGGGUUUUUCCAAAGCAAAUCUAGACAGGUCAACAACUGAAUGCCUGCGCAAAAGAUAUUACAACUUUAAGAAGCAGCCUUUUAUUGUGAGGAUGAGUUUCUCUGAAGUAAAUGAUGAGAACUGCGGGGUCAUCCCAGGGGGGAAACUUAACAACUUGAAUCAAGACAUAUUUGCUCUUGAUCAACCUACCGGGAGACCUUCUAUCCUGCGUCAGACUGAGAAUCUGCCCAACAAGGCUCUGCCAAAGGGGGUGAAGGUUUGUUUUCAGACUCCACGAAGAGACCCGGUAACCAAAAGAAUUCUGUCUCCUAGCAAAUGUGCUGCCAUGUCAAAUGUUGAUGAGUCCUUAAAUCUGGAUAAGUCAGAUACAUUAUCAGUGGAACGUGCUGUGGAGCCACCGCAAGAGCUGUCGCCUUUUCCUGAUGACGACAUGCCCAUUCAGAGCAAAGGCGGCUACCAGUUGGAUUAUGACAACCUAGAUGCGAUGAAUCCAUUCCAGGGGUCUAACAGGAUCCUCCUCUCCCCUGCAAAGCCUGCUGUGGACCAUCCACCUGAGCCUCCUGAGAAUACCCCAGAGGAGCCUGGUGUCGAAGAUCUGAGACAAGAUGACACACUUCCUUUCAUACCAUCUGUGGAUAACUCCCUCGCCGAUGUCAACAUCAGCUCCACAGACAGCAGUGUGGUCAUAGUGACUGUGAACAAGACGGCUGGAGAACAGGAUUCCUCCACGGCCUCGUUUGUUGAAGAACAACCUGCUGACGUGCCUGCAAACACCGAUCUGAGCAAAUCAGGGAACACUUUUGAAGAGGAUGCUCCACUUCCAGCCAAAGGUUCUUAUAAUUUGGAUUUUGAAAACCUUGACGCUAUCAACCCUUUCCAGAUCGGGGGUUCUAAGAUUCAGAAUUCACCCGUUCUUGAGAAAAAGAUGCCAGACGAUCGUGUUCCUGCAGAAACAAACAAACCCUCAGCCGUGGUUCCCCAAGAGCCAGCUGUCCAUCUUGAAGCAAAACCCAUAGCUGCAGUGGCUCCUGUAUCCGCCAAUACAGCCAAGCCAUCACUACCUGCAUCUGAGCCCGCCAAUGCUCCAGUCAAAGAAGGAGCCAUCAAACUUGAGUUUAGUUUUGGGGAUAGCAGCGAGGUUAAACCGAAACCUCCAAAGAAGUUUGGCAAAAGGCCUUCUGGUGUCAAACCUAAAGAGAAAAAGCAAACAGCAGCUGGCCCCAAACCAGCAAACCAUGCUCCUCUAGCAGCUGAUGCUGCUGAUGCUCCACCUCCCAAAGGUUCUUACUCCUUCGACUUUGAAAAGUUCGAUGAUCCAAACUUCAAUCCUUUUGGUACAAAAGUAAAUAUCAGCAAUUCUUCAGAGAGCAGCAAGGAAAUAAGUCCUGUGCUUAAAGAAUCCUCUCUUCCGGAGCAAACCAACAAUCCAGAGGAAAACAAGUCUCCAUCAUCAGAGAGUGCUGGAGAAGCUUUGUUAUCCUCUGGAGCUUGUCCCGAAGAGAAACCUGAAGGUGAAAGUGAGCAGCAUGCUCUGCAGGUUCCUGAGCUGACUCCACCUGUACAAACGCCUCAAACAAACAUGUUGGACUUCAAUGAUGAGUUUGUCCCUGGAGCUAUGUUCACUGCUAAUGACUUCGAUGGGCAGAUCGACUACCUUGAACAGUUUGGAUCCAACAAUUUUAAGGAGUCUGCACUCAGGAAACAAUCUUUGUACCUGAAGUUUGAUCCUUUACUGAGAGACAGUCCGAAGAAGUCUGCAGGUCCUGCUGCUUCCAUGCAUCUUCCUCCCCCUCCUGCCUUUGCCUCACGGCUUGAAAGUCAUUUGGCUAAAGAGGAGCUGGUAGCUGUCCCUCCAAAUGACAACUGUAAACUGCUGGGGGAUGCUGCAGCCUCAACUCCCGUCCUCGAGAGCAUCAUCCCUCCUUUCCCACAGCCCGCGACCACGGAAGAGGCCAUCAUUGAAGUUCUGAAGUACAGUCAGAAGGACAUGGAUGCAGCCAUUGCCAAAGUGCAGGCAGAGGCAAAAGAAACUGAGCAGCAAUGGAGCGACAAGUAUGACAAGCUCCAGGAGGAUGGUCAAAAAAUGAGGAAGAUAAUUGCAGAAUUUGAACUAGUCAUUGCAAAAACGAUGGCUGAUCAAGAGAAGGAGAACAAAGUGGCUGAGGAAAAACUCAACAAUGCUCUGCAAGAGAAAGAGCAAGUUUCCAGUGAGCUGAACACCAUGGAAAAGUCAUUUGCAGAGCUUUUCAAGAGACUGGAGAAGUACAAGGAAAUGGUGGAGGGUUACAAAAAGAAUGAAGAGACACUGAAGACUCGUGCACAGGACUACCUGGAAAGGAUUAAAAAGGAGGAGCAGCGCUACCAGAUCCUCAAAGCUCACGCUGAGGGGAAAAUUGGCCAAGCAAAUGAAGAAAUUGCUGAGGUACGAUCGAAAUACAAGGCAGAGUUAUCUGCUCUUCAAGCACAGCUACGCCGCGAGCAGCUGAAGGUUCAGUCUCUGGAGAAAAGUCUGGAUCAGAAAGAAAAGGAGGCUCAGGAGCUCACAAAACUCUGUGAUGAACUGAUCUCUAAAGUUCAAAAGGGCUGAGUUUACUUGUAAAUACUGUAUUUUUGUGUUCAUGUCAUUUUUUUGUGUAGUGUAUUUGUUUGUCAGUGUUCUGAUGAAUCUGUUUAACAAAAAACACAAUAAAGAUAAUUUUACAACUUUU